AUGGAUUAUUAUGAUAACUAUGAUCAUGACGAAGAUGAUUUACCGGUUAUAACAUUACCUAAUACAUCAUCUUUUACAACAAAACAUUCUAACUAUGAUCAUGAUCAAGAUAAUACAGAAAAUGAUUAUUCAACUAGAUUAGUUGGAAAUUGGCAUAGUCUUUAUGAAACAAGUAUUCGUUCUUUACAAUCCGAUGAUGAAGAUCAAAGAUCAACUACACAAAAACCAUUUCUUCUUCAACGACAACCAUCUAUUCAAAAACCUCAAAAUUUUAUACAAGAAAGAUCUCUUUCACCAACUUAUCAAUUACCAAUAGAUUCAAACGCAGCAAAAUCCAAAUGGGCAAUACGUUUACCAGAAUUACUUAGCAGUACAGUUGGUCCUGAUCGUCAAAAACGUAACAUUACACGACGACAUACAACUAAUAUUGUUUUUCAACAAUCUGAUUUAAAUAAUGAAGGAUCUAACCCAUAUUCUUUGAAUAAACCAAGAGAUGAUCGACCACUUAUGCCAAUUGUUAAACAAUUAAAACAAAAAUUUGAUCAAAUGACACCAAAUAAUAAUUCUGAAACUCCUCCACAAUCCCCAGCUGCUUCUCGUCCCAAACUUAUUCGAGGAGGUAGUUUAAGGUCUUGGGGACCAAAUGCUAAUACUGGCGAAUUUUUAAAAUCAAGACCAUCACGUCCAGCAUUACCUAUUCGUCCAUCCGCUGAAAUAACUACUAAUAAAACAAGAACAGCUAGUGCAGGACCAUCAAAUAAUCGAACACCAUUAGCAAAUGGUCGUACACAUAGAGAAAGACCAAGUCCACCUGUUAGUUAUCCAAAACAUUUUUAUCCACCACCAUCAACAACAUCUGUUGUUAAACAAUUAAUUGGUGGAGGUGCUACACUUGUUUAUGAUAGUUUAGCACAACAACGACGAUCGAAAAUAAAUUCUCCUAUUGUUAAACAUCAACGAAGUAUUGAAGAUAGAACAAAAGAUUUAGUUAAUACAAAUUCACCUUUAACUGGAGGAUUUCGAUCAACAGAUAAUUCUUCUGAUACUUAUGCAAAAAUUAAAAAUAAAACACAGAAUCCAUAUGAAUCAAUUCGAUCAAAAGAUAAUGAAAUAGAUGCAAAUAUUUAUGAACGUAUAGAACAUCAAUCAUCAAAUGAAUCAUCAGAAAGAAAUUCUUUUCGAACUCCUCGUACACAAUCAUGGAAUCAUAGCAAUAUAAAUCAACAAGAACAAGAAGCAUAUUAUCCAGUUUAUGAUAUAAAUGAUUAA